AUGGCUUUUACGAGAUGGAUGGUUGUUUGGUUACUAUUUUCUUUGAUGCUUCUCCAAAACCAUGGAUAUGGCCAAGCUCCAGCAUCUGAAACUGAUCAAAUGGAGGUUGCUGGCGGCGCGAUUGUGGAGCGGCUUGUGCAAGGAGAUGCAAAUUAUCAUCACGACCAAGGCUGUGCAAAAGGGCAUGCGGAACUUGUUGUGCAAGGUGUCACUGCGUUCCUCCUGGUACUUCCGGCAACUACAAUGUUUGUUCCUGUUACGCAAGGCUCACCACUCAUGGCAACCGCCGCAAAUGCCCUUGAAUAA